AUGCGGCCGCUGCUGCUCCUGGCCCCGCUGGGCUGGCUGCUCCUGGCCGAAGCGAAGGGCGACGCCAAGCCGGAGGACAACCUCUUAGUCCUCACGGUGGCCACGAAGGAGACUGAGGGGUUCCGACGCUUCAAGCGUUCAGGACAGUUCUUCAACUACAAGAUCCAGGCACUGGGCCUGGGGGAAGACUGGAAUGGGGAGAAGGGGGCGUCAUCAGGUGGAGGGCUGAAGGUUCGGCUGCUGAAGAAAGCUCUGGAGAAGCACGCAGACAAGGAGAACCUGGUCAUUCUCUUCACAGACAGCUAUGACGUGGUGUUUGCGUCGGGGCCUCGAGAGCUCCUGAAGAAGUUCCGGCAGGCCAGGAGCCAGGUGGUCUUCUCGGCCGAGGAGCUUAUCUACCCUGACCGCAGGCUGGAGGCCAAGUACCCGGCAGUGUCCGAUGGCAAGAGGUUCCUGGGCUCUGGAGGCUUCAUCGGUUAUGCCCCCAGCCUCAGCAAACUGGUGGCCGAGUGGGAUGGCCAGGACGGUGACAGUGACCAGCUCUUUUACACCAAGAUCUUCUUGGACCCAGAGAAGAGGGAGCGGAUCAACAUCACCCUGGACCACCGCUGCCGUAUCUUCCAGAAUCUGGAUGGAGCCUUGGAUGAGGUGGUGCUCAAGUUUGAAAUGGGCCACGUGAGAGCGAGGAACCUUGCCUAUGACACCCUUCCGGUCCUGAUUCAUGGCAAUGGGCCCACCAAGCUGCAGCUGAACUACCUGGGCAACUACAUCCCGCGCUUCUGGACCUUCGAGACAGGCUGCGCUGUGUGUGACGAGGGCCUGCGCAGCCUCAGGGGCAUAGGGGAUGAAGCUCUGCCCACAGUCCUGGUCGGUGUGUUCAUCGAACAGCCCACGCCGUUCCUAUCCCUGUUCUUCCAGCGGCUCCUCCGCCUCCACUACCCCCGGAAACAGAUGCGGCUUUUCAUUCACAACCACGAGCAACACCACAAGGCUCAAGUGGAACAGUUCCUGGCAGAGCAUGGCAGCGAGUACCAGUCCGUGAAACUGGUGGGCCCUGAGGUUCGGGUGGCAAACGCUGACGCCAGGAACGUGGGCGCGGAUCUGUGCCGACAGGACCGUGGCUGCACCUACUACUUCAGCGUGGAUGCUGACGUGGCCCUGACGGAGCCUAAAACCCUGCGCCUGCUGAUCGAGCAGAACAAGAACGUCAUUGCCCCGUUGAUGACCCGCCAUGGGAGGCUGUGGUCGAACUUCUGGGGGGCCCUGAGCGCAGAUGGCUACUACGCCCGCUCCGAGGACUAUGUGGACAUUGUGCAGGGGCGGCGCGUUGGCGUCUGGAACGUGCCCUACAUCUCCAACAUCUACCUGAUCAAGGGCAGUGCCCUGCGGGCUGAGCUGCUGCAGACAGACCUGUUCCACCACAGCAAGCUGGACCCCGACAUGGCCUUCUGUGCCAAUAUCCGGCAGCAGGAUGUGUUCAUGUACCUGACCAACCGGCACACCUUUGGCCACCUGCUCUCCCUGGACAGCUACCAGACCAGCCACCUCCACAACGACCUCUGGGAGGUGUUCAGCAACCCCGAGGACUGGAAGGAGAAGUACAUCCACGAGAACUACACCAAGGCCCUGGCAGGGAAGCUGGUAGAGAUGCCCUGCCCAGAUGUCUACUGGUUCCCCAUCUUCACGGAGACGGCCUGUGACGAGCUGGUGGAGGAGAUGGAACACUAUGGCCAGUGGUCUCUGGGAGAUAACAAGGACAACCGCAUCCAGGGUGGCUACGAAAACGUACCAACCAUCGACAUCCACAUGAACCAGAUCAGCUUCGAGCGGGAAUGGCACAAGUUCCUGGUGGAGUACAUCGCCCCCAUGACCGAGAAGCUCUACCCAGGCUAUUAUACCAGGGCCCAGUUCGACCUGGCCUUUGUUGUCCGCUACAAGCCGGAUGAGCAGCCGUCCCUCAUGCCGCACCACGACGCCUCCACCUUCACCAUCAACAUCGCCCUGAACCGGGUCGGCGUGGAUUACGAGCGCCUGGCACAUAAUGAGGCCCAGUGGUCUGCCAUAUCUCGAGGCCCCGCCCACCCCGCCCUGACGGGCGCCCGGAGGAACUACAGCCCCCACGAUGCAGCUGGAGUCCUUCUGCUGACGUCAUUGGCUUGGGACGCCCCGGCGGUAAGCGAGCCCGCUGAGCCGCCUCUCGGGGCUCUCAGCCGGCAGACCCCCUGA